UCCAACAGCUUUUGCGGACUGAGUAUACUGAGUAUAGGGAGAAAACCCGGGGGUAUGGAAUGAUGUGAAGUACGAAGAGCUCGAGCUGUCAACACAUUAUGAAAAUGGAUUGAUUUGAACGAUGAUAUACGAUAAUAUCGUUUCUCUUGAAUAGCCUUUCCACAUGGAAUGUUUUUGUCUUUGGUAUAUUUUUUAUGUCAGAUGAAUGUGUGCAUAAACUUUACCGUAAUGUUUCGGAUGCUUUGAUGCAUAGACACUAUUUUUGGACCCUUUCACGGAUAUCGUUUAACAGGACGGGACGCUAAGUCUCACAUCUGUUCUUUUCAGAUAGGAGACAUGGACCCCCUCCCAGAGUACUCCCUUUUCCUGGUGAGGAUCCUGGAGGAGCUGGACAGCAAGCACCGCACCGUGUCCUACCAGGACCUGUGUAAGUCCCUGUGUGCCCGCUUCGACCUGGUCCACCUGGCCAAGCUGCGGAGCCUGCUCUUCUACACGGCCUGCCUGGACCCUGCCUUUCCCGCCACCCUGUUCAGGGACAAGAUGCGCUGCUCCGUGGAGGACCAGCAGUCCAAGAAGCUGAUGGUGGCUGCGGACAUCGUCACCAUGUUCAACCUCAUCCAGAUGAACGGGGGCAUUGCCAAAGACAAGCUGCCCAUGGGGCACAGACCCAAGUUCCACAAGAACCAGUCUUUCGAGUCAUGUAGGUCAGACACAGAGGUUUAUAAGUUCCAGGACUGCGAGAGGGGAGGGUACGACCACAUGGACCAUCCCAGGGGGGUGCAUCACCACCUCCCCCUGCCCCAGAACACCCCCCCCUGUCCUACAUCGGAUUGCAACAACUGCCAGCAGUUCAUCCCCACCUCCGACCCUAACUUCCUGUUGGGCGUCAACAAGGAUUUGAAAUGUAGAGCAGCAUCGCUGGACAAGCUGCAGCAUCUGCCUCAGUACUCCAGCGGCAGCCCUCCGUCACCGCCCUGCAGGAUGCAGAGCACCUAUUUUCCCAUGGACAUCGACAGUGAGUCCACCACAGACCAGGACUCUCUGCAGCACAUCAACCAUGCAGAGCCUUUUACCGUCCACUCCUGCAUCCAGAAGAGAAACAUCUUCAAGGAGGACUUUCACAACCUCCAAGCAUUCUCUCCACAGGUUGUUACCUCAGAGUCCAAACUUGCCAGUAAAGCCAGUGGAGGGUACCACCGGAGGGAACUCCACAAACCUACAACUUUCUUCAACCACAGCUUUGAGCUGCCCUACAGCAACCCCUAUUUUGAUCCCCCCCUCAGCUCACCCAUCCAGGAGAAACGACGAGCAAAGCACGAGAGUCUGGAUGACCUCCAAGCAUCUACGUAUUUUGGGCCAACAACAGUCUCUGAGUGUGUGAACACCCGUAGAGUCAGUAAACCUGGGAAGCAGCCAUCUUGGCCGGUGAAGAGCCUGAGUCUGAACACAGAGGAAGGUCCUCCGGACUUCGAGAGGUCUUUUCUCAACAGCAAACCGCUGAAAGACAACUACCGCCAUAACGUCAGUGUAAUCAACAAAGACAAUGAGCAGAAUUUUCAGAACGCCAAGGAGAAGGUGACUGCCUCCCCUUUAGGGUUUGCGAAGAAAACCAAUGGGCUGAAGAGCAAGGAUGUAGCCUCUAUGGGGUGUGGGCCAGACCGAGUUGUGGAGAAAAGAGAGUUGGGGAAAAGGUUCAGAGACAAAACUACCCACAGCACCUCUUUCCAGGGAAGCAACAUAGACUGCUCAUCCAGUAUUGGAACUCAGACAGAGCAGGCAGAGCAGAGGAAACUGAAAGAGUACGCGUCUAGAAAUGCUAAGUAUGGCGAGAGAGAAAGACACCCCUUCAAACAGUCAGAUGAAGACUCGGAGAUUGUUAGCGACGAUAUUAGCGAUAUAUUCCGUUUCCUUGAUGACAUGAGUGUGUGUGACUCUCUGGGCAUCAUCCAGUCCUCCUGCUACAACAGUAACGGAUCAAUCUCUCAGUUGACAUUGAAGUCGGACGGCGACAGUUCUCCCGAACGCAACACAGUCAAACUGGCCAAGUCCAAGCUGGACCGACUGUUUAACUCCCUGGAGAGCACCGACGACGAGCUGAAGUCCAGCGUGUGUAAGCUGGUGAUGAGGAUCGGAGAAAUCGAGAAGAAGCUGGAGUCUCUGUCAGGGGUGCGAGGGGAGAUCUCCCAGGUGCUCUCCAAACUCAACAAGCUGGACGACAAGAUCCAGGAGCCCGAGACCAAUGGGAGGCCUGGGGACACAGCGUCUGCCUCGGGCUCCAACCCCACCCCAGACCACCUCCACCCCCACCAAGACCCCACCCUCUCCCCACAUGUGUUCCAAUGCCACACCACAGGCCACACCAUCAAGGGGGACAGUGGCUCCGGGGAGUGGUGCUGCUCGGACGGCAGUAACAGCGAGAGCCUGCGGGUGAAAGCCCUGAAGAAGAGUAUGUUCACCCGGAGGUCCUCGCGCUCGCUCAACGAGGAGAACAGCGCCACAGAGUCAAAGGUCGCCAGCAUCACCAAUUCCCCGCGCGACUGGAGGACAGUGUCAUAUUCUAACCACCCCGGAGACGAGUGCAAAGACAAGGACCGUAACAGGGACCAUGACAGGGACAGGGACAGGGAGCGGGACAGAGACAGAGACAACAAGGACAGACACAGGAAAGCCAAAGAGUUGGAGCGUGAGCGUCAGUACGAGAUCCCCCAAGCCCAUCGCUCCUCCAAGCCCCCCAAGGACUCCUACCUGGUGGAGCAGGUGUUCUCCCCGCACCCCUUCCCACCCUCCGUCAAGUCUCACAUGAAGGGGAGCCCCCUGUACACAGACCUGCGGCUGACCGGCCUGUCUGAUGGCAAACGAGGACAGCCCUCCUGGACCAUCGAGGAAUACAAACGCAACUCUGGAGAGAAGGGCAAGCAGCUCACAGCUCUGAACCUGCAGACCCAGGAAUCUCUGAACCCCAACAACCUGGAGUACUGGAUGGAGGACAUUUACACACCCGGAUACGAUUCGCUGCUCAAAAGGAAAGAGGCAGAGUUUCGCAGAGCUAAAGUGUGUAAGAUUGGAGCUCUAAUUGCUGCAGCAGCCUGCACGGUCAUCCUGGUCAUCGUGGUGCCCAUAUGCACCAUGAAGACAUGAAGCACAGGAGAGGCUGCUCUCAGCAGGACUCUCUAGUCAUGCUCCUCUGUCCCCCACAAAGCAGCGAGGACACAGCCACACAGCAUGGUCACACCUCCAACUGACCAUGUGAUAGGGUAGGCUAUUUUGAAAGGUUGAAGCAUAUUUAAGUGUUUCAGACCCAUGUUUUUCUUUAUACGGUAUUGGUUGUGUUAGAGAAGAUGAACAUGAAACAUUCUUUGAAUUCAGAUGAAAGUCGGUUUUUUCUAUAUAUCAUUGCCUACUGUAUAGUGAAAUAAUGUAUUGACUCUCAAGAUGGCUAUUGUACAGUAGCAAUGUAAAUGGCAAAUACACAAUGUAUUUAUUUUACAGUGAUGAUAUCUUUCUUUGCGUAAAAUGUUUCCCGAGGUUAAACAUUUAUUUGUUUGACUUUCCAGUUGGGAGAUGGUAAACUACAUUACCAUGGUUAAUGGUUGACAACUGGAUGUGUUUGGUAACCAGUGUAUGAUAUUUUAUUUUAGUAUAAUUGCAGUAUAAUGUAUUUUAAUGAGAGUUAUUUUUUAUGAAUUAUCUGGUAGAAUGUGCUGAGUGCAAACAAGAUUUAUUUCUGUCAUCGAUAACAGGAGUUUUAAUCCAUGGGAUUAAUCAAUGGGAACUAAUUUUUCUAUAUAGAAACAAUUGGAGGUACUAGUUAACCAUAGUUGUAUAAUGGUACAUAGAAAUGUUCAAGUACAAUACUGUAAAGUCAACUUGAAUGUAUUGGAAAAUAACACCAAAAGAUGGAGAAAAUCUAUGUUUCUUGCAAGGUAUUGAAUGUUUGUUUGCCUCACGCUGUGUGACAACUAGCCAACAGCACGUUGCUGUUUAUCUCAAAUGCUGUUUCUUAUUCUUUGCCUUCUAGGUCAUUUAUUCAGUGAAUACUUGAAGUUUCCCUCCACAGUUGAGGAGCCCAGCUCACCAGGGAGGCGAGUGGUAUUGGUUUAGUCAGCAGUAUUGACUGGCCCACCCUGCAGGCUCACAAACCCCCACCCCCAAAACACACACACACACACCUCAUCCCUACCCAGCCAUCAUCUCCCAGAAGGCCUUAGCACCACUGAAUGCAAACUGCCUACUUGCGGCCAUGUCCCAGUAUUUAGGAUUAGCUUUCUUGUCUACUUGUAUCUGCCUCCUUCAUGACAACUGAUGUAAGUGGGCAGGACAGAUAUUUGACACGGUCCAGGUGAAUGAUCUAUUCUACCUAUCCCUUUCCUCUCCAGAUGUCUAUUAUUUUAUUGGUCUAUAUGAGUCUCUAUAAAGAUAGAAGUAUCUGACGAGCAGCCAUAGCCCUCGAGUCAGGAUCGCUGGGAUUAGACAGCGGUCUCACUUGCGUUGAUAGGAAGGAGAAACCUCACCAGAGUGCAAGCUUUACAAUAACGUCGCAACUCCUAGACUUGGUUCCACUUUUUACCUACUUUUUCCUGAGCUUAGAAUCUGUUAACACUGAAAGGAUAGAAGCCCGAAGAGACCCUGACAAAGGACCAGGGAGAAGAACAGAUUUCCCUGUUCACUGUACCAAGUCCUCAACUGUUGUAGUUACUGUUCAAUGUAAACCAGGGGCUACAACGCCAAGUCAAGCCAGGCAAAACCAAGUCCUCAAAUCCUGUUGUUUGUCAGCUGAUGUUUCUGUCUCUCUAGGGCAUACUGAAGUGGACGCUUGUUGCACUGUUACCAACAGUAGGUGCUGUGUUAUUGACUGGGUUAGUGUAAUCUGACCAGGAGAGACCAGACAGUAGAGGAUUUGCCAGCAGCGGGACUAGGAGCCUUGGCACCCUGGAAAGGUCUGUAUAUAGUGCAGGUUGGAGGCACAUCAUGUGGACAGGUGUUCAUCUGGAAUAUAACUACAAUAAAAGCUAACUGU